AUGCCUAUUAUCAACUGUGGUUCGAAUGUCAAAGAACUUCUUGGAGUGAUUUUGCCUUUAUAUAUGAAGUUGCUGGCUGCCCCUCUUUGCAAAGUUGGAAACCGCAUUAUCUCUCGUUAUCACAAAGUCGCCGAUGCUGAAGCUGCAAUUCACGCUCUCAAGGCACAACUGGUUGCUCAACACGGCAGCUUCGAGCAGGAACGCAAGACUUACAAAGAUAGAGAGGCAAUACUACAACAACAGCUGGACGAGUACAAGUCCAAAGUCCUGGAGCUUGAGCGGAGAAGACCAUUUCUAGAAAAGUUAGCAAUAGUAGGCGCUGCUGUUCGUUGCCGUGCUCUGGAGCAUGCCAAGGGUCGUAGGAUCUUUGGGGAAGGAAAGGAUAAGUUUACGAACAUUCGUGGAGAGGUUGAUAUAGAGGUUAUUAAGAAGGGAAAUGUCGCUUGUCAUCGGGGAAUAUAA